GCAACGCGUCAAUGAAUGAAUGAAAGUCACGUGAUCGUUUUCUGCUAUCCCAUGCCGCUUCAGGUUCAGUGAGUGACAGAGAACGCUUUGUACGUUGGCUGCGUCUAUCAUGGGUGGUCCAAAUCUCGAGGUCUUUAAAUUUGGUCUGUACUUGUUUGUACCCGUCAUGGCCUUGUUGCAUUUCGGUGAUCCUGCUUGGUACCAUAACCACGUCCUUCCUUAUAGGGAACACCUAUUCCCGCCUCCGGAUAGGACUUAUAGUAAAAUACCAACGGAUCAAACCGCCAUCCGAGAAGAGCUGGCAAGGAUAAAGGCGGAUAAACUUGCACGACGAAUGGAGCGGGAUAAAGAACUUCAAACACAGCCGGAGGUACCUGCACAGAGUUCAAAAGGGUGGUUCAAAUGGUGGUAGUUCGGGGUAACGGUAUGUCGCCUAAAGUUCUCAUCACGAGUAGCAUUUAUAAGU